GAUGACGAUGUUGAUGUUGUCGGAACAACUACUAUCGAUAUGGAUAAUAAAAAUAAAAAUUGCAAUCAUCAUUCGAAUAGAUUGACAUUUUCUAUUGAGAAUUUAAUCAAUAAUAAAAAUAUGAAUAGAACAAUAACAGAAACGAAAAUUGAAUCAAAAUUAAAAAAUGAAAAUAAUCGAUCAAAUAAUGAAACAAAUAAUGAUUUAUUAAUGAUGUAUCGAAUGUAUUCAAAUAUAAGUAAUAAUGAUCGCAGAACAAAUGAUAUAACAAUGACAGAACAAUCACCAUCGUCCAAUAAAUCAUCAUCAUCAUCAUCGAUUCAUUUAUUCAAUCGUCGAAAUGUAGAUAAAAAUGAAUCAAAAGGUAGAUUUUCCAUUGAACAAAUAGUUAAUCAUCAUCAUCAUCAUCAUCAUAAUCAUUAUCAUCAAUCAAAAAAUCAAAAAUCAUCAACAUUGGAAAAAAAUCGAAUUAAUCUUAAUCAUUCACAACAAUUAUAUCAAACAAAUUCCACAUUAUCAUCAUCAUCAUCAUUAUCAUCAUCGUCUUCAUCAUCAUCUUCAUCAAUAAUAGCAACAUCAACAACAAAAGCAACAACAACAACAACAUCGUCAACAACAACAACAGUAUCAUCAUUAUCAACAAAUAGUGCCAAAACAUUCACCUGUACGGAAUGUGGUAAAGUUUUUAAUGCUCAUUAUAAUCUAACAAGACAUAUGCCGGUGCAUACCGGUGCACGACCAUUUGUUUGUAAAGUUUGUGGAAAAGGAUUUCGUCAAGCAAGUACAUUAUGUCGACAUAAAAUAAUUCAUACGGCUGAAAAGCCACAUAAAUGUCAAUAUUGUGGAAAAGCAUUUAAUCGUAGCUCAACAUUAAAUACACAUGUACGUAUACAUGCCGGUUAUAAACCAUAUAAAUGUGAAUUCUGUGGCAAAGGUUUUCAUCAAAAGGGUAACUAUAAAAAUCAUAAACUAACACAUAAUAAUGAAAAAGCAUUCAAAUGUGACAUUUGUGGUAAAGCAUUUCAUCAAAUAUAUAAUCUAACAUUUCAUUUGCAUACACAUAAUGAGAAAAAACCAUUUCAAUGUCAAACAUGUGGUAAAGGAUUUUGUCGUAAUUUUGAUCUCAAAAAACAUAUCCGAAAAUUACAUGAAGAUAAAAUUGAUUCGAAUGAAAUACAUUCAUCAAUUAAAACAAAUGAAUCAAAAAGAAAUGAAAAAUCUAUUGAUGAAAAAACAUUAUCGAAAAAAAAUUCAACAACUUAUCGAAAUCGACAUAAAAAUUUUAAUAAUAAUAAUAUUAAUAAACAAGAAUCAUCAAUAAAAAUAACGAAUCGAUUUAAACGACAAGAUGUUCAUACGAAUUUUGAUACGACCAUAGAGGAUAAUAAAUUAAUUAUGACUAAUUAUGAACAUUUACGAACAUCCAAACCAAUCAAAGCAAGUUUAGAAGAAAUGAAUGCUUUACAAUCAUUCUAUACAACAGCUGCUCAGCAAAUUUUUCAACAUCAUCAACAACAACAACAACAACAAACGCAUGGUAAUAAUAAUAAUCUUCCCCCACCACCUCCUCCUUCUUCUCAUCAUCAUCAGCAACAACAACAGGUAAAAUUUUCGGCAACACCAUUUUUAUCUGCCGCAGCUUCAUUAAUUAAUCAUCCGACCGGUUAUGCUCAUCCACCAGUUCUUCCGGUUUCUUCAUCAUCAUCAUCAUCACCAUCUCAUUUAAUGCCUCCUGCAUCGACAUCUACAAAUCUUUUACAUCAUCAUCAUCAAUUCAAUGGUCUAUCAUUUCAAACUAAUACACAGCAAACAAAUCUUCAUAAUCAUCAUCAUCAUCCUCAUCAAAAAUUUUUGGCAUCGAAUUUAGCGGCUGUUGCUGCAGCUGCAGCCGCAGCCGCUGCUGCUGCUUCUUCUAGUCCAUUAUUUCCAAUAAUCGGUUCAUUUCCAUUCGGAUUAACUACACCCAAUACGAUUCGUGGAUCAAAUCAUCAUAUUGUUGAUCAUUUAAUCAAUGAAAAUUCAUCGUCAACAACAACAACAUCGGCAGUUGCAGCUACGGAUUCAAGAACAAUGCCAACGAUUGCAACAACAACAACAUCAGCCAACAAUAACCUAUCAUCAACAUUGUCGAAUGUCAAAUUAUUUAAACAAACAUUUUUUUAGCAUUUUAUUCAUAUUUUUUUAAAUCU